AUGGAGCGAGCUCGCGGUGGCCGAGAGCGGGUAUUCCUGCCGGCGUUCACCGCCCGGGUCGGGGACACGCGGCGCAGUGACAGGUCCGCUUGCCCCAAGCGGAGGCAGAAUGAAGACUGGAGGCGGCGCCCGACCCUGCUGCCCGGGGCUUACAGGCUGCUUCUUCGGGGAGGGUCGGGGAGAGAAAACGUUCGGGGGUUUCGAUCCGACCCUCUGGUCUCUCUCUGUUCUGGUCCCCCGGCCCCGCGCCACUUACCCGGACGGGAGCUUGCAGGAGCGCGGCGCUGCGGGCAGCCCGGGCCGAGCUACCCUCCUCCUCCCUGCGUCCCGGGCAGCUCCGGAGCGGGGCGGGGCCGGGGCGGGGCCCGAGCACUCGCCCCCGCCCCGCCCAGUCCCCUCCGGACCCGCCACGCGAGCCGCCCCCAGGGCCCAGCUGAGGCGGCUGGGCGGGCGAGAAAGAAGAAUGCGGUGAUCCGUGCGCUCGGCGGAGGGCCCCGGGGCCCGGCCUCAGCUCGGCGGGAGCCUUCGCAGACCCCCUUCCCCGGGGGCAGGGGGGAAGAGAGCUGUGUCAUGGGGACUCCCCACUCUCACCCCUGGUCACGCGCCCAGGGCUGCCCUCUUCGACUCGGGAGCCGCCCUGAGUCCCAGCCACCCUCCUGCCUCCGCCUGGGUCUCAUCCUUAGAGACGCAUUACCCACUGCUACGGAAAAGAGUGAAGCUUAUCUGGAAAGAAAAUUCUGGCAAAGACGACGGGAGAGCCCCUGUGCCGUCUCUGGAGUUGAGUACAGGAAGCCCCACCCCGGGCCUGCCUUUCAGAAGUGGCCCAGAGAGGGAACCACAUGGAGGCCCUAA